UCAGAUUUUUGUUUUCACACACUAAACAAAUCGAACAUAACCUGAAAAAAUUCGUUACCGUGAGGUGGUCGGGUUUAUCAUCAAAAUUAAAUGUACGCUAAAUUCAUCAGGUUGUAAGCACAUCGAGGAUCCCGAAUUUCAGCUUUCAAUCUAAUAACAACAAAAAUGGACUAUGACAAUCCCAUCAUCCUCAAUUUCCAAGAGUCACUGCUGCGCCUCUCCGACAUAGAGCUGCUCUCCGGACCCUACUGGCUCAAUGACACACUACUCUCGUUCUAUUUCGAGUACCUAGAGACCUACAAGUACAAACAGUACUCCAUGCUGUUCAUCCCACCUCAGGUGACACAAUGCAUCAAAAUAAUGGAGCCGAGCGAAAUCGGCGCAUUCCUCAACCCGCUGGACGCCGAGUCUAAAGAUUUCAUCUUUUUCGCCUUGAACAACAACGAGCAGACAGAAGUCUCAGGCGGGUCACACUGGAGUCUGCUGGUGUAUUCCUUUCCGGAACGUAAGUGCUUCCACUUCGAUUCGUCGCGCGGCGCCAACCAGAAACAAGCUGUCGAGAUGAGCAGCAAGGUGCUGAAGUUCCUCAAGGUGGACACCUAUAAUGGAUUUGUGGAGGCACGAACCCUGCCGCAGGUGAACGGCUACGAUUGCGGGGUUCAUGUUCUAGCGCAAUGCGAGAUGCUCGCCGAAUACAUCUGCGAUUACCGCCAGAUUGACGGCGCACCAUUGCUCCGGAGAGAACAAGUCGAGUCGAAGCGCACCGAUAUUUUCAACCUGAUUACGUUUCUGCGCGGCGGCAAUGAAAUGAUCUAAACACUGACAGAAUCACCCGCGAAAAAAUUCAUGUACAAAAUAAUCAAACGAGAAUAAUAAAAAGAAACAUUAGGAUCCCCCGUACUGCCACUAAUUUCUAGUACAUUGGAUGAGUUGAAAUGUAUUCUAAUUUAUUUACUUAUUUAUUGAUGCAGAUAAUUUACAUGUGAUGUGGUUUUAUUUAUUUUUUUUAAGUUUCUAAUUAUAAGACUUGGUAGCAUUUUAUAAAAAUUACAAAAUCACUAAACACUGGCAACAGAUACAUUGAAAAUUCUAUUCUUCCACGAAGCUUAAACGAUGACUAUAAAUAAGUAAAUCAUCGCUGGAGUGCGGGAAGCAAGCAGCUCUGCUGUGACGUCGCCUUGUGGACUUACCAAAUAAAACUUAGCUAAUUAAAUAAAUAAUUAAACGUAAUGUUAAUAAAGUCUUUGAACGAA